AUGACGUAUCACCAAAAUUAUUUGGACCUGGACCUGGACCUGGACCUGGAUCUGGAUCUGUAUUCAUAUCCGUUGGAUGAUCCUGAGUUUAAGUUUACAGGGAUUGCCUAUAUCGAUGGAUCAUGUUCCGGUAAUGGUACAUCAUCUGCAAGAGCCGGUUAUGGUGUUCAUUAUCUAUUUUUAGAACAUCUUAAUGCAAGCGUUCCUUUAGACGAAGUUGAUAACUUAAGGGUGAAUAGACCAACAAAUCAAAGAGCUGAAUUAUUUGCUUUAAGACAUGCUUUGGAGCUAGCUUAUAGCUCGGUAGAUAAUUAUUUCAAAUUUAUAAUUAUCACUGAUUCAAUAUAUGUCAAAAAUUGUAUGGAAGUUUGGGGUCAUAAAUGGAGUCAAAACGGUUGGAUAAAUUCGAAAGGAUCUGAAGUGGCAAAUAAAGAAUUAAUACAAGAAGUAUAUGGGUUAUAUCAAAUGGUAAACAUACUAUAUGAAAGUCUUCAUUGGCUUCCAAUGCAGAUUCUUCAUACACCUGGUCAUAGUGGCAAUGAAGGAAACGACAAAGCUGAUGCACUUGCAAGACAAGCCAGUGCUCGUUGUGGUGUUUAUUGA